AAGGCCAUUCUUCCUGUGGUUGACUAUUUGCAAAAGAACAAGAGUGGAUGAUGAAUAAGCAAGACUUAGACUGGAAGGAUGUCCAUAUCAUAAAUGCUGAACACUGUUGUUGGUGAUCUCAGUUGUUCACUGGCAGUCUUUUUUGUUUCAAUUCCAGCCCUUCACAGUAGUGUGUAGUGGACACCAUUCAGCCCCACACAGUUACCUGAUUCAUUUUCAUUUUCAUUCCUCCACCAUCCGCAAUCAAUGUCUGCUGGAAAUCUGGCUUGCCAGCGCGAUUCGUACCUGCGCGAGCUCCACACGACCGUCGCGACGUGCACUCCAGCGGCCGACGGACUCUUCCACGUCACGUUUGAAGACACUGUGCUGUUCCCUGAGGGCGGAGGCCAGCCGCACGACACUGGAAGCGUCAAUGGCACGGUAGCAGUGGUCGCCGUGGUUCGCAAGGGCGCAGUCGCCGUCCACCACACGCAAUCGCCGCUCGAGCCAGGCACGCCGGCGCACCAGACAGUGGACUGGAAGCGUCGCUGGGAUCACAUGCAGCAGCACUCGGCGCAGCACCUCAUCACUGCGGUCGCGUCAGACCAGUUUGGCCUCAAAACCACUUCAUGGUCGCUCGGCGCUACAAAGUCGACAAUCGAUCUUGUCGGAGAACGGCCGCUUACCGACGAAGUCAUGCAGCAGCUCGAAGACAAGGUCAAUGAAAUCAUCGCGGAAGGUCGAGAUGUGGUUGCAACCACGUAUCAGCCAAACUCGCCCGAGCUGAUGGCCGUGCGCUCGCGAGGACUGCCCGAAGACGUGCUGGCUAGCGGUGCGGCGAUCCGUGUGGUCUCGAUUGGUGGGCUGGACGUCAACACUUGUUGCGGCACGCAUGUCAAGUCGACUGCUCAUCUGCAGACCGUCAAGCUGCUGCACACUGAAGCGUCUCGCGGUGGAAGCAGGCUGCACUUUGUUGCAGGCGAGCGAACGCGCGCACUGCUCGGCGCCAUGUACUCGGACAUGCGUACCCUGGGCAAAUCCUUUACUUGCGGACUGGAGCUGGUGGUCGACCGAGCAGAGGGCGCGAUCAAGACGAGCAAAAUGCUUGGGCGUCAGGUCAAAGCCCUGCUCAAGGAGGCGGCAGAAUCUGCAGCCAAACAGCUGGCAGAGGAAGCCCAGCAGCGAACGGAGGCAGCCUCUGGAUCGGCUGUGGUCGUCGUCCACCAUCAUCGCGACGAGGCAGACCAGGACUAUCUGCUCACCGUCGCGUCUCCGCUGGCCACGUUGCCGAUCGUUGCGUUUCUCAGCAUCACCCCUCCACAGGAAGGGUCGACGCCCAGCUACGAGGGCCAGUUCUUGCUUGUCGGCGCCAACGAGCAGCAUGUCGCUGCUGCUGCUUCUGCCGUUUCUGUCAUUGUUGACGGCAAGGGUGGCGGCAAGAAAGGGCGCUUCCAAGGCAAGGCUAAGCAGCUGACGCCUGCCAACCGUGCAGCUGCUGUUGCUGCGAUUGACGCUGCCAUCCGAGCACUUUGAUGCGGGGGAGUGGGGAGAUUUUUUUGCGUGCUGGAUGAUGAUGAUGAUGGUGCUGCCAUUCAAGUUCAAUCAAUACAGAUGCCCGCUCUGAUUUGCUUGAGGUGUUGGAUCGGCGUUUCGAGUUUCGGUGCCA